CUCCCUCCACAGACACCUCCCCACCCACCCACCCCGCUGCCUCCUUCACCCGUCCGGCCCGCCAGCCAUGGGCGGCAGAGAUCACCUGUUCAAAGUGCUGGUGGUGGGGGACGCCGCGGUGGGCAAGACGUCGCUCGUGCAGCGGUACUCGCAGGACAGCUUCAGCAAACACUACAAGUCCACGGUGGGAGUGGAUUUUGCUCUGAAGGUUCUCCAGUGGUCUGACUCCGAGAUGGUGCGGCUCCAGCUGUGGGAUAUUGCAGGGCAGGAGCGUUUCACCUCCAUGACUCGACUGUACUAUCGGGAUGCGUCAGCCUGCAUUAUUAUGUUUGACGUUACCAACGCCACGACCUUCAGCAAUAGCCAGAGAUGGAAACAGGACUUGGACAGCAAGCUCACCCUGCCUAACGGAGAGCCAGUGCCCUGCCUGCUCUUGGCCAACAAAUGUGACCUGUCCCCUUGGGCAGUGAGCAGAGACCAGGUUGACCGGUUCAGUAAAGAGAAUGGUUUCACAGGCUGGACAGAAACAUCCGUCAAGGAGAACAAAAAUAUUAAUGAGGCCAUGAGAGUCCUCAUUGAGAAGAUGAUGAGCAAUUCCAGAGAAGAUAUGUCUUUAUCCACCCAAGGGGACUAUAUCAACCUACAGACCAAGCCCCCCUCCAGCUGGGCCUGCUGCUAAUAGCGUCUGGCUUGUUUUCCUUCCUCCGUUUCCAACUCUUCCCUUCAGAUGCCCACCCAGCAAUCUUGUUAAGCACAUUUGAACUGUCUCCUGCAAGCUGUCCAGAAGGAGGACCAUCGUCACUAAGGAAAGACCUGGGACUCGUGUGUGUUUCUGCAUGUGUCCGCAAGCUCCUGCUUGCUGCUGGCUCCCGGGGCUCAGUACCUUCCAUAUAAAGAUCACCUCAUCCCUCAAUUUGUGAUCUAGGGUUUUGUGAGGAGCACUAGAGAUCAGCACCUGUGGUUUAAGGAUCCUAAUUCCCACGUGUUUUUGCAUUUCUUUUUCCAUUUGAUGUAUGUGGGUAUCUCAGUCUUAUCUGACUUCAGAUUUCGAGGAAAAUGAGAACAAAGGGCAUUUUCCAAAUUCAGUGUUGGGUUAUUGCUUUCAGAUU